CCAAGGGGGUACCACCUUGCAUUCCAGUACUCGUUGGAGUCCGUAGCGACGGACAUUGCGCGUGCAAUGUGGUACGGCGAGGAGUGGCGCAACGUCGUCAGUGCGCUGAUCUGCGCCCACACGAUAGAUCUUAACAUGGACCUUCCACUGUGGUACGCCGGCGCAAAUAUCGAGGACAGACCUGAGAACGACAACAUGGCUGCGUACCAGGAGUCCACCGUCAUCAGCGUCGCGCAUUCGUUCCGCGCGUCGGUGCAAAUGGGCUCUCACAUCGACGGCGAUUUCAUCUCCUACGAGCGUCUAUGUCGGGUGGCUGACUGCCUCAGGCUGUUGCUGGCGGCGUCCAUGUGGAUUAUGCGCACGGCGGGAGACGAUCCGCGCAGUCACUACGAAGCAUUUUACUUCGCGGAUCUCGUCGCCAGGCCGACACUAAUCGCCUCCAUGCAUCGGUCCUUCGAUCAUCGACGAUCCGUCGUCUGCGCCGCGAACGUCGUCACGGAGAGGCUUGGGAAGGCGAAAGCCACGCUCGGAGUGUACCCCGACUACAUCCCUGAUUGGGCACCAUGCGGCAUCGGAUUUGCACACGACGCGACCAUCAAGGGGCCGGAGGAUGCGAAGAGGCUGGAUUGGUUGGGUUCGGGCCCCGCCGAUGAUGACAUCAAAGGCGAAGGAAAAGACGACGCAUAAGGCGGGCUGGUAUGCGGGGGGAGAGCAGGGAGACAGCGCUUCUAAGAACGAAGGCGCAUGUACGGGUGGCGAGACGUG